AUGUCAAAACUAGGAAGAGUACAAAAUUUGCUUCCUCGAGGACGCCGAAUCAUUCGAAAGGAAGAUCCUUCCUCUCUUAUAACUUUCGCAAUAACCGGACCUAAGAGGCGUCCUCGUAAUGAGGCAGCAUGGGCCCAUCACUUCCAGAAACAAAGCUCUCGACUAGUUCUAACUCUUGAUAUGAGCAAUGAAGCAACAGAUUUUCGUAAUCAACUCAAGAAAAAAUAUUUUCAUGGAUGGGGAGGUUUUCCGGAUACCCGAUUUACACUUAUAGAUCCCUUACCCGACCGCGAUUUUUAUAUAAAGAUGUACAAAGAUACAAUCAAUGACUUUUGUGCGAAAGGACCACCAGAAUUUCCCGUCGGUCCAACACAGCACUUUUUUGUUUCCGAGGAACCUAGAGUCUCUGGUCUAGUUGAGCAUGUAUACCCAAAAGGAUCUAUCCGAGGGGAGCAGAUUGUAUGCAAGGAAGCAACUAAGGCAAAUUUCUUGAUUAUGGCGAGUUUCCGCAGAAGAUCGGUGGUUCACCUACUUCGUGAUUAUUUCAUAAAGGAAUUCGGCAAGUUUCCAAACGAGGAAGUCCAAACUGUUAUGAAGAACGUGGGAAAGGAAAAAUUCAAAGUCCACUUGCCAUUAGGAUAUUGUAAAGACAUGGGAAUGUCGAACGCGGAAAGAACAAAGGACGAUGUCGCGCGUGAAUUUGCAGGAACCGAAGGUCUUCACUUGGGCACUGCUGUGAGUUUAAGUUUAUGGCGCAAGCAUUACGACGCAGAUCCGAUGAAGAAAUGGGACGAUCCAGUGCUGGUGGGUCAGAAAUGCAUAUUUUCUAAAGCGCUUGAAGGAAUAUCGAAACAACCUUCAUCCUCGUUUGUUUCCAUCGCUCCCGAAAAACAGUCUACGAAGGGAACUCCAGAAAACGGCGAUGAUACCCGAAAUCUGAGAUCAAGCUCUAAUAUUCCACAUUGA